AACAACUACAAUAUCAAAGAAAACUAUAAUUGUUACACAAUCACUGUUUAACAUGGUUUGGAUAUUACUUCUCAUUUUUGCGCGAACGGCGAGUAGUAUUGGUGAAAUUUAUACUUACCGUGGACAGAUCACAAUAGAUCUCAUCGGUUACACAUUUGCGUCGACUGUAGAAAUGUGUGCAAUCCACUGUUCGAUGCAGGGCAGCCAAUGUACCUGUUUUCAUUACAAUUCGUUAAAUGAAUGUUAUCUACUAAAUACUGCUGGGAGACUAACACAGUCUCAGGGAAGUACAGGACAUGCUCUAUACUGUAGUUCAGACGUACAAAUCAGUGAAUACCUCGGGUGUUUUGAAGACUUGUAUGGGAACAGAGAUCUACCCCAAUCGACAUCAACAGUGGGUACCGUCAUUCCCCAGUCCUGCAUAGACGCCUGCCGAAAUCUUGAACAAGGGUACCUUUAUGCUGGACUCCAAAAUGGCGGAGGCUGUUUUUGCGGUACAAGUUACGGGAAACACGGACCUUCCACAAGAUGUGACAAGGCCUGCCCUGGUGACAGCACACAGAUAUGCGGAGGUUACGACGCAAACAAUAUAUAUGUAAUUUGAAAUAAAUUAUUUGGGACUAUUAUCAAUUUUAAAAAUACUCUGCAUAAUUCAAUGACAAGCUUUUUUUAUUCAAAAAAUAUGAAUUUGAAGGACUUUUCGUGCCAAAAAUGUGAGUUUAUUUUGAAUAAAAUGUUAUAUGUCACAUUGGUCAAUUAGGAGAUUGUUAGAUGUGUCACGGGUUAGUUUUGGUUCGGCUCGGGACAGAAAAAGUGUGCGGGACGAGUAAUUUCGCUUAGGAUCAGAAGUAAACGGAACAAUGAAUUUUAGCUCACUAAAAUCGUUCGAGAAAAACCGUUCGUAAUCUAUACGUAUACAAGAAAUAUAAAAGUUAGAAGUGAUUUUUUGACGGAAAUUGAAUAUAAAGCAUCUUACAAUAACUAACGAUGUUCCGACCCGACUCAAAAUCGGUAUUAGAUAUCCGGGACCAUACCUGAGCCUUUCGAUCCGAUAUUCUAGUCGAUUAUCGUUCGGUAUAACACCUCUAGUGUUGUUUUCACUAGAUUUAUUGUACAAUAUGCUACCUUAUUUGUAUGAUGUAUUCAUUUUAUGAACCAAAUAAAGCGAUCAUAUAUCAAAAUUAUGUCUGCUGUUAAUGUAAUUUCGUAAAACACAAAUGCAAAGGAUGUUUUUUU